CCAGGUUGGUUCAGCCCCUGUCUACUCCGGGGUGGUGCUUAGCCGGCGCCAGACCGACCCUCGACUUCAGAGGGGCAGUGCGGUUCCUCUGGGCGCUUCCUCCCAGGCUUCUUCGGCUUCUUCAGCCUCGUCGGCCUCCUUACCCUCGGCUGGGACCCGCGAUUUCAGUGUAUGCCCCAGCCCUGACCCCUCUCGAGAUAUGUCUACCCCGGCUCGGCGGCGUCUCAUGCGGGACUUCAAGAGGUUACAGGAGGAUCCUCCUGCUGGAGUCAGUGGGGCCCCGUCAGAGAACAACAUAAUGGUUUGGAACGCGGUCAUUUUCGGGCCCGAAGGGACCCCAUUUGAGGAUGGAACAUUUAAGCUUAUAAUAGAAUUCACUGAGGAAUAUCCAAAUAAACCACCUACGGUUAGAUUUGUCUCUAAGAUGUUUCAUCCAAAUGUCUAUGCAGAUGGUAGUAUAUGUCUGGACAUACUUCAGAAUCGCUGGAGUCCAACUUAUGAUGUGUCUUCCAUUUUAACAUCAAUACAGUCUCUAUUGGAUGAGCCCAAUCCCAAUAGUCCAGCAAACAGCCAGGCUGCUCAGCUGUAUCAAGAGAACAAGCGGGAAUAUGAGAAACGUGUUUCUGCGAUAGUAGAACAGAGCUGGCGUGAUUGUUGACUCGGGUGCAGCAAAUGAAGAGGCUGGGCAUAUGAAAACUAUAUAUUGAUGUGUUUGUCACCUUCUUAUUCUUGUGUCAUCACAUUUACUUCAUUAAAAGCAAAAUAGUUAUUCUGCUGUUUCCAUCUUUCCUCGCCAAACUUUUCCUACCCCUUCUAUCUUCUCCUUGAACAUCAAAACACCCUCUAUGAGAUCAAAUGUACUGUACCUGGGUUACGUGCAAAAAUUACUAAUGCUUAAUUCCUUUUCUGUUAUAUCUCAUCUCCAGCUUUGAGGCAGUAUUUUGUUACCGUACUUUACACUAAGCUUUUUACACAAAUUGUUAUACAAGUGGUGCUUCUGCAUAGCUUGAUAACCGGGAUGUUAUUUUUAACAAAAUGAUUUAAAUGUUUCAUCCUGGCUGAGACACUUGUGUUGGACUUAGAAGUGAACAUUUGGAAUAUGGCCUAUAGAAAAUAGGGAAAGAAAUCCAUAUAAACGUCCAUUUUGAAAGAGAUGAAAGUUAAAAAUGCAUUAUUUCUCAGAUCUAACCAAUAUGUAUUACAAGGUGGUUUUUAUAGGUAGAAAGGAGAGUGUUAAAGGACUCAGCCAAAGGAGUACAGUCAUUGUAGCAACUGACACAUACUCUCCUUGCAAGAUAUUCAUUGGACACAUUCGUGCUAAGUGUCAGACUACAGUCAGCCUUCUGUAUCUGCAGGUACCACAUCCAUGGAUUCAACCAACCCCACGGGGAGGAGUUUUGUUGUCGCUGAUAUGUAUUAGGUAGUUAAGCCUCUGAUGGUUGUGUCUAUUCUGAUGGAUACUUAGGGACAACUGUACUGGAAGUAUUCUGGGUUUUACUUUUCAAAGAGGUGUAGGAGCAGAAGAAUGGAAACAUUUUUAAGGUGAGGAAGGUUGGUGAUCCUUUAAUCUCUUUAAAGUAGUGCUACCUUAGAUGAACAAAUUUGUAAUCUCCCCUCAUUUUUUAGAGUUUUAACCCAAUGAAAAGAGCGUAUCUGUGGCAAAUUAUUUUCCACGCAAAUCCUGAGUUAAUGCUGCAUGCUUUAGUUUCUUCUUUCCUUUCAGUAUUAUAAGAACCUUAAAGUCAAUGUUUGCAAUCUUUCUUUGGAUAUUUAUACUUUUAAAUAGUACCUUUUAAGUAGCAGUGUGGGGCAAGGCUUGUAAAUGUUUUGUCUAAAUGUUCCAUUGUCACUUUGUGUGCAUUUAUCACUCUUCUAAAUCUAACUUUGCACAAGUAACCCAUGUAAAAAAUGUACAUUUUUCAAAACUUGUAAAUAAAAAUAAACUUAAAA